GGAGAAUGAUUUUUAUUUAUUUAUUUUUAUUUAUUUAUUUCGAUAAUUAACAAGCUAAUGGCCGCACUAAAGCAGGUCAGCUUGCUCACCGCUGGCAGCCAGCCGUGGAACAGGGACGUAUGCGCGUGCACGCAGGACCGCUUCGCCUACUGCUCCACUCUCGCCGUUUACGUAUAUAUGCUGGAUGAGCGCUACAGCAGGUUCAAGCUCAGCAGCAUCGUCUGUGAGCACAAGAAGACUAUCACGGCUCUCGCGUGGUCGCCGCACGACCCUACCCUGCUCGCGACGAGCGGCACCGAACAAAUUCUCAUAGUCUACAGCGUCGCAGAACACAGGGUAGUCGCCAAGCUGAACAACACUCAAGGCAUUCCAGUUUGCAUAGGCUGGUGUCCCUAUGAGUCUGAGCAGGUGGCAUUUGUCCACGAUAAAGGCCCACUCUACGUUUGGAACUACGGUGCUGAAACCCCAGGCUUGCAACCGAAUCGAGACACGAAUGGCUUUCAAUCCAACGUCAGCGUGUUCCGCUAUCACCACUCGAAAAUAGGCACCAUUGCAUUCGGCCACGCGGACGGCACCAUAUCAAUAUGCAACCAAGGACACAAGACGCACAAGCACAUUCUGAACCCAUGCGACAGCGCCGAUGCGUCGUCGUCGUCGGCGACGGAUGCAGAGACCAACCCCGUGCACGACAUCAGCUGGGACCCGCUCUCUAACGACUAUCUCCUCGUCGCACACCUGCGACGAGGGCUCCACCUGGUGGACGUCGUUGCGCUCACGUUCGUGAUGAAGUUUGAGUUGCCGUCGGCGGGCGCCCACACGAGCACGCUCAAGCCCAUAUAUUACACGCGGAAUAGAUCAAGAAAAUUUAGGUUGACCCUUAAGCCUGUUCACACAUCGCCCGGCAACGAGGGAAUCAUCUACCACCUCUCCUGGGCUCCAGCCGAUCUCAACUGCGUCGCCGCGGCAACGGCACGCAACGGCUGCAUCAUCUGGGACGUUGGCAAGGGAAAGGUCAUCAAGAGAUUUCUCGAGAAAAGUAAUCUGUUUAAAGCAUGCAUCCGCGAGCGGUUGUAUUUGCGUUCUCUGUCACUUUCGUCUCGACACGGGAUGACGGUUGACGCGUCUUGUGACGUUAUCUUUCUCGUCACAGGUCACACAGCGAAGGUGUUCAGCGUUCGCUGGUCACCGCUUAGAGAGGGGAUCCUAUGCAGCGGAGCAGACGAUAAGACGAUACGCGUGUGGGACUACACGCAGGCCACGUGCGCACCAGGUGGAGCCACCAACCUGUGGAACCUGGUGAGCGUGGUGAGCAAUGGCGGCGCGGCGGAUCUGCCGGAGUCGUACGCUCGAGGCAUCGUCCAUCUCAAACACAUGACCAGCUACAAGGCGUCGGAGGCGAGUCAGCUAGAGAUGGUGAGCGUGGCGAGGUUUGGAUCGGGCGGGGUCGGCGCGCGGGGGCGUGACGAGUGCCUGCAGGACGCUGCUGCCAUCUACCUGUGGCUGGGGAACGUACAACGCUACUGUGAGAUGCUGGUGGGACUGGGAGAGUGGGAGAAAGCAUUAGCAGUGGCACCUGGUGUGUCCAUGGAAUACUGGACGUCACUAGCAAAGAGGCGGGCGGAGCAGCUGAGCGCGGAGGACAGUGAGGAGGCGGUGCCGUAUCUCGUGGCAACGGGCGACGCGGAGGCAGUCGUCGAGUUCUACGCGUCGCGCUCCAAGCUUCACGAAGCGAUGCUGUCUGCUGCCGUGGCGCGUGAGGGCCGCAUCCGCACCCCGCGAGCGCCAGCCCAGCAGAACCCCGACGUCGCUGACGACGAAGCCGCGGAGAACGAAGAGUCGCACUCGCGGUUGCUGGGUGAAACGGUCGAAGCGUUAGGUGAGCUGUACUUCCAGGACGGAUCACCAACGCUUGCUGCAUGCUGCCAUCUAGCGGUCGAUAACUACAGCAAGGCGAUGUGUAAGCUCAUCCGCGGGAACGAACUCGAACUUGCCGUCUGCGUCGGAACCGUACUUGGCACGGUGCCAGAUCUGACCGCCGUCGCCCUCUCCUAUCUUUCGCGGCGAUGCGAGCGACUGGACAAGUGGGAGGUGGCGCUGUCUCUGCUGAAGACGUCCGCUCACACCAAGGAGGCGCUAGCGGAGCUGUGUAUCCGGUGCAGCGCGAGCUCGAGUGAGCUGGACGACCUUCACAAGCAGGCCAGCCUGCCGUCGCUGCACGAGUGCCUCCAGAAGGCGGAACAGCUGAGCAACCUGCCAGACGGGGGGGACGGCCGGCUGUCGGAAGAGCGGCUGUACGAGUGCGUGCGCUACUACCUGCUGUCGUCGUCGCCGGAGACGGGGCUCGAGAUGGGGCUGUCGCGCGUCGCCGCGGCGAUGGGGCACGCGGACUGGACGGCAGACGACGUGUGGCCGAUUGUGCGUCUGCUCGGAUGCAUGCGCACUGACAAGCUGCAGCAUCCCAAGUGCGGCAGGUUAAAGGCAGAGCUGUUGCUUGUGAGUGCGUAUGUGGGGGCGCUGGUAGCGAUCAGACGCCGUUACGACUCCAUCGUCACGCCUCUCUUCAUAUGCGCCAGGCACAUCAUCAGCCGGAUGGAGAAAACGUCGAUCCCGCUUACCAUCUCACUGGUGGACACCGAGGUAGACGCGUGGAAGGCUCACCGCGGCGCGUCCUCCUCACGCAACAGGUCGGUAUGUCAGCAGGACAUCAGCAGAGAGCAGCAGCGCGUGUACGCACAACUGCUGCGUAAGACUGGUCGCCACGACGACGACGACGACGACGACGACGUGGAGAAGGGACCCGUCCUCGUCUCCAGCUCUCACCUGCCCAGCCACUCCGACGUGCGCUUGUCAUACCUGGACGGAGAACAGAUACAGGGACCCGUCUUCUACCUGGAGGACGGACAAUCGGCCGUCUCGCUCAACGACGCGCUCAUGUGGGCCAAGGUCAACGCGUUUUCUCCGCUAGGGAGCGCUGUGCACAUCAACCCGUUCUGACUCCGUCCGCGCCGCCAACGGCGCCCCCCUAGCCGUCGUCGCGUGCGUCGAUCUCUCUCCGCGCCGGGCCCGCUCUGUGAGUACGCGUGUGCGCUCGCCAUUUUUCGUUCCACCCACUUUGUCGUCGCGCGUCGUCGUUGCCGUGGCGAUGCUUUCGUUAGACCCAAUCAGCGCCCCCUGUCGGCGGAUUCUAACAUCAGACGAGAAUUUAACGUUUGAGUUCGGGGUGACCUUGAUAAGCGUAUAGAUGUGUUGUGAUAAUUAAUCGGACAGACAAGAGGCGCUCGUCACGUUUCUGCAGUCCGUGUCGCACAUGGUUUUAUUUACGAUUGUUAUUUACGUCGUUACUAUAGCGAACCAAAGAUCGGAGUGAGAUCUCCGAGAGGGUUUUCUCUCUCGCCACAUUCCCAGUGUUUUUUUCACGAUUACGUCGCGUGCGCGGCGUUUCGCAAAAAAAAGUCGCGCCCUUCAAGCGUUUCUCGUUGUUCUAGUCUGCUGCCGUUGCAGCUUUUCAUGUUCGUAAAAACCCUCGAGGAGGCACGCGGAAUUUUGAGACGCGUGCGAAUUGGGUUUUUGCUGAUCGUCUGUGCAUCGUCUCCAUGUAGCUCUGUAUUUACCAGGCUCAGUGAUUUGUCGUUCGUCUCCGUGGUUACGAACAGUCACUUCGACACGUUUGGUCGCACGGUUAGCCUUGCACCAGGUGUCACCACCGUCCGUUAUUUUGAUCACGCUCGUAAACUUGUUGUGUCGCUGCUCUUACGGUGAUAGGCUGAUUUGUGAUGAGAUGCUUAGGCAGUUGCAUAUCUGUUUCUCUCUCUCUCUCUCUCUCUUUCUCUCUCUCUCUCUCUCUCUCUCUCUCUCUC